AGCGACUAUGCAGUUCUACAUCAAACUGUAUAAAAACUCCCAUUAUGCAUUUGCCUGUGGUGUUGCGGGGCUAAAUCUUUAUUAUUGCUAGAGAAUAUGCACAUAGCUGCCCGUGCACGCGUAAGGAAACGAGGACAGCCCGCCGCCGCCGCUGCAAGAAACAGACAGGGGGACUCUGCCGUGCUUUCAUCAUUAUAAUCACCAUCCUAAGUACUAGCUCUUAACAUUUUGUUUUUCGGUGUUCAGGCGAGAAGUGACAAGAAUUUAGACCCCUCCUCUGCAGGGCGGAGCGUGCAUUUUCAUUUCGUAUUUUGUAUGUUUUUUUUUUUCUAAUUUUUUCUAGCCCUGUACCCUGCUCUGACACGUCUGCACUGAGUGAGUGGCAUUGGCACGCUGUCAAUCGCUCACCACCGCUGCCAUCAAACAACAUAAAACACACACAGGCAGAGGCUGGCGCUCAUAAAUUUCAGCAGGGCAAGAUAUUUUUUUGCGCAUCGCCUUUAUACAGUAUCCUAAUUAAUUUCGUCUCGCUGUUGCUUUCUUUUUUUUUCCCCUUUUCUAAACAGCAUCUCUUCCAACUUUUUGUACAUUUCAUAUUUUUAUAGCAACAUUUGGACACCUUAAACUACAGAUUGUGUAUUUUUUUAAACUGUCACUUGCCGCAGGAAACAUUUUCUUCACAUUUACUGUUGGCAACACCUUUCAACCCUGAGACUGGUUUCUUUUUUUUUUUUUUUUUUUUUUUUAUUUGUUUGUUUACACCUUUCCACAUUUGGAUAUUUUUGUUGUUGUUGUGCCGGUGCUUCGAGAGGAGGAUUUGGACAUUUUUUAUUCCGGGAGGAAACUGCGCCGGGAAUCUCAACGAAGAGCGCUAAUAAAUGAGAGAUCACCGAGGAGCGUCUCUGUCUACACCGCCGGUCAAAUCCCGGAGAAAAGACUGAUUGGUGCCAGGAUUGCUUAUAUGAUGGACCGUCAAUUUUGACAAAGAAGUUUUCAUGCGUUUUUUCUACGAGCGUAUGGCCACGCGUUUUGGCACUUUGGACCGCGCGUAAAAGAGCGAGAGGACAGCGAGAACUUGGACGCAAAAGAUUCACGUUAGAAGAUCAGCCAGAACAGUCGUUAUUCUAAAAGAAAGACAAAAAGAAUAAUAGUCGCGUGUGUGCUUCAUUUCGCUGAAAAAUCCCUCAGUCGUGCAUCCCUCCUGUCUGCGGUACUUGCUCUAGCCGAUACCGUAUAUGAGUUUUUCAAUUUGUGUGGCUCAGUGCACAGACUCUUUAGCGGCUACGAUGGACGAUCAAGCCCGGAUCAUGCAGUCGAUCGGCGGCGUCAGUCUGGCUGGCCACUCGGUGCAAGGAGGCAUGGCACUGCCGCCUCCACAUGGACACGAUGGGACGGACGGAGACGGGAGAAAGCAAGACAUUGGUGACAUUCUGCAUCAAAUAAUGACCAUAACUGAUCAAAGUCUGGACGAGGCGCAAGCAAAAAACAGGAAACAUGGACUGAACUGUCACAGAAUGAAACCAGCACUCUUCAGCGUUCUCUGUGAAAUCAAAGAAAAGACAGGUCUCAGCAUCCGUGGUGCCCAGGAGGAGGACCCCCCAGACCCCCAGCUCAUGCGCUUAGACAACAUGCUGCUGGCAGAGGGGGUGGCAGGACCAGAGAAAGGCGGUGGGUCAGCUGCUGCGGCAGCUGCCGCUGCGGCCUCGGGCGGAGCGGCUGACAAUUCCAUUGAACAUUCCGACUACAGAGCCAAGCUCACCCAGAUCAGACAGAUCUACCACACGGAGCUAGAGAAGUACGAACAGGUAAGAAAGGCAUGUAAUGAGUUUACUACCCAUGUGAUGAACCUGCUGAGGGAGCAGUCUCGCACGCGACCCAUCUCGCCCAAAGAGAUUGAGCGCAUGGUGGGAAUAAUCCACCGUAAAUUCAGCUCCAUCCAAAUGCAACUGAAGCAGAGCACCUGUGAAGCUGUCAUGAUCCUGCGCUCCAGAUUCCUUGAUGCCAGGCGGAAAAGGAGAAACUUCAGCAAGCAGGCAACGGAAAUUUUGAACGAAUAUUUCUACUCCCACCUCAGUAACCCAUAUCCAAGUGAGGAGGCCAAAGAGGAGCUGGCCAAGAAAUGCAGCAUCACCGUUUCCCAGGGGGUGGGAAGCACCAUCACAGUAUCACAGGUAUCCAACUGGUUUGGCAACAAAAGGAUCCGGUACAAGAAAAACAUUGGCAAGUUUCAGGAAGAAGCCAACCUGUAUGCCGCCAAGACCGCUGUAAAUGCAGCCCAUGCUGCAGCUGCUGCAGUGCAGAACAGCCAGGCCAACUCUCCUACCACUCCUAACUCCGGAUUCCAGAUGAAAGAUGAGGAGUUUCAGCUGGAUUCUGCAGAGAGCAAAAACACUCUUUUAAGCAACAUGUUUACUGGUUCUUCGGGUUCUUUUAGCCUCCCAAACUCUGGGGACAUGUUCUUGAGCAUGCAGAGUCUGAAUGGGGAUUCUUACCAAGGGGCACAAGUCGGAGCCAAUGUACAGUCACAGGUGGAUACCCUGCGCCAUGUUAUCAGUCAGACGGCAGGAUACAAUGAUGCUCUGGGGGGUAACACCAUGUAUAGUCCACAUGGCUUAAAUGCUAAUGGAGGAUGGCAAGAUGCAACAACUCCGUCUUCUGUAAUAUCUCCAACAGAAGGACCUGGGAGUGUGCACUCCGAUACCUCAAAUUGAUCCACUAUAAAUGCAUCUUCGCCCCCAAGCUAGGCAUGGACUUUUUAACUUGCUGACCAACUUACCGAGGAUAAUAAAAGAUAUACAGCUUUCCCAAUGGAUUGGUUUUCAUGUACCUUGAAUUUUCCCAGGACCGUGCGGAACACAUGCAAAUGGCUCAGUGUUUUCUUUCUGUCACUAUCAAUCAAAUGUAAUCACCAUUGCUUUUAUUUGUUCAUUGUAGGGGUAAACACACAGACGUAUACAAAUACCCUCACAUGUAACUCAGUAAACUUUCAGGAUAAUUAUCUCUGCUCCGCUCAAAAUACUGGAUGACAUUUUAUGACAUUUUAAAUGCCCAUUUGUUUGAUUCUUGACUUGAUUACUACUCUCCAUUUUGAUAAUUGGGUUCUCUUUCAGCUCUUACAAUUAAAGCAGCUGUUUCUUUGACUCUAAUGUGCUUGCAUUCUUGUCUGGCAACCCAACAAUGCUGCUGUUGACGGUUCAAUGGCAGCUUUGUAGCUACUUUCAAGAUUUAUUUUUUGCCUUACAGCCGUAUACAUUAGUACAAAGAAAUGCCUACUCAUACCGCGGACCAUAAAGAGGUGUAAAUGAUUGCUUUACUAUAACAUGACACCAUUCCAUAUUUUAUAAUUUGAUGUUUUGUUGUACAUAUGUAAACAUUUUUUUUUCUUUUGUACUGCUUAUGAACCCAACAAGUCCCUCCACAGUAGAUCAUGCUGUCGCGGCACACACGAGCCACCCCGGCUUCACAGGAAAAGUUGUACAUAAUAUAGCUUAAGAGUAAUUAUACAUCCCGCCAAUCGAUACAAUGCUUUAUUACCUCAUUAAUAGAAACCAGUCAUUUCCAACAUUUCCGUAACUUAGAGUUCUCACUUACUACCUCUAAACAACAUGACCACCAUAGAUUUUCUUUGGCCCUUUUUAUUUAAAGUUUUUAUGUAGUUUUCUUUUUUCUUUUUUUUUAUGACAUCUUGGAACUCUGUAAAUUCUUCAUGCUCUAUGUAAUCUAAUGUAUAUUUUAAUCUUUUAAUAAAACAGAGUUGCUGUACCGCAACUUAAAAUGACAAAACUGAAAAAAAUAAAAAUGAAGACGAUAUUAAAACAUUAGUAAAUCGACAGGGAGGGGGAUGAAGAUGUUGUUGGUCUGUGGCUUUUACGAAUGGGGUGCGAUGAUCAUUGUUGAUAAAUGAACACCAAACAGUUAAACUGUUGUAAAUAGAAGAAAAAAAAGAAACAUUUUGAAUGUUGCUCAUCUUGUUACUAAAUCAUUUUAAAAAAGAAAAAAAAAACACUAUAAAAACUGUAAUGCAUAGAGGUUUCAGUAUUCAGAACUGUAAAUUUCCAGCCCUGUUCAACAGGGCUCAAGACUUCUUUUCUCUUUUUUCUAAUGUAUGUGAUUCUGAAACUGAAAAGUCAUGACAAAUGAUUUGUGGCAGUGAUUCUAAUGUAUUAAAGAUGUUUAGUGUUACUUUCUAACCAGACUACACCCUGGACAGAAAAGUGUUCCUUGUGGUAGUUGUGUAAUUUCAAACAUGAAUAAACCUUUUGCUUUC